AUGGUAGAGGCCGAAACGCACCAGUUCAAGGCGGCUCUACCCCCUUUCGGAUGCCCCGUCGAUACUGUCGAGGAGUGGAGAAUCGCGUUUCUACUCUACGCACCUUUCGAAGGUCUUGUAGACUCGUCGCUUCCUCCUCCGUACCGGAAAGAGCUUGACGUUCUCAAGGAUGUGUGCGAAAAACAUGGAUGGCACAUUGACCCCAAGUCUCUCAGUCCAGAAUGCAAACAAGCCCUCCUGUGGCUGCACUGCAAGUUGCAAGAUGCGAUGGUCCUCUGCAGCGGCAGGGCUACCAACUGGAAAUACACGGCUCCAAGCGACAUUCAGACAGCACAGCAAUACUGCUCGAAAACAGGAUCACCGAUCUUCGCAGCGUGCGGGAAAGUGGCACAGGCUGGUGGUCCCGCCGCGGAGGCUUAUCCACUCAGUGGGUGCAGGAGCUUCAAUAAGGAGACUGGGCAGUCACCUCCAGGAGCCGUGAUAGUGUACUCAGGCGGCCAUAGAGGUGGCCCCUCUCUGUCAAUCAUUUUGACAGUUGCAUUGAGCAUUGCUAGUUUUUAUUCAGAGCAUCAUGGGUAG